UUCUUGGAUUAUCCAUGUUUUAAUCGUAUAAUACCUAACAUUGGAAAUGUGCAUACAUGUUGGCCACAGAAUCUAGACCUUUUGGCCUCUUUAUACGACCAUCAUUUGAUUUCCUUCCAGAUUUCUCAGGAGGGGGCGCUUGAUCCACCUCUUUCCUUCACAGUUUCAACAGGUUUUCUCCACCUGAUCUUGCUUUUCACUGGACUUAAAAUCUGAGUAAAGAUGGCACAGUGUGCAGUUCUUCCUUCUGGAAUAAUCAGUGCAAGUCAUGGUCAAAUUCAGAGCUCCAAAAGAGCAACACAAGUCCCAAAGAUGAUAGGGAAUACGCCAUCACAUUCCUUUAGAAUUAAAAGUUACAUUGGUUUGUGCCAAGUAACAGGCCAAAGCAAGGUUGCAAAUUCCAUGACAAACCUCUAUGUGGGAGCAGCAGUCUCUUCUCCAGCAAGGAAAGCCAGGAAAUCCAGGAAAAGGGUGGUUACUUGUAUGUUUGAACGAUUUACAGAGAAGGCCAUUAAGGUAAUUAUGCUUUCUCAAGAGGAAGCACGGCGCCUUGGGCACAACUUUGUAGGUACAGAGCAGAUUCUGUUGGGUCUUAUUGGUGAAGGGACUGGUAUUGCAGCAAAAGUCCUGAAAUCCAUGGGAGUCAAUUUAAAGGAAGCUCGUAUAGAGGUUGAGAAAAUCAUUGGCAGAGGUGGGGGGUUUGUUGCUGUGGAGAUUCCAUUCACUCCAAGAGCAAAGCGUGUGUUAGAACUUGCACUUGAAGAAGCUCGACAACUUGGACAUAAUUACAUAGGAUCGGAACACUUGCUUUUAGGGUUGUUGCGUGAGGGUGAAGGUGUUGCAGCUCGCGUGCUUGAGAAACUUGGAGCUGAUCCCAGCAAUAUUCGUACUCAAGUCAUUCGGAUGGUUGGUGAAAGUACAGAAGCUGUUGGGGCUGGAGUAGGAGGUGGUACCAGCAGCAACAAGAUGCCAACUCUCGAGGAAUAUGGAACCAAUUUGACAAAACAAGCAGAGGAAGGCAAACUUGAUCCAGUAGUUGGGAGGCAGCCACAAAUUGAAAGAGUUACACAAAUAUUGGGACGCCGCACAAAGAACAAUCCUUGCCUUAUUGGUGAGCCUGGAGUAGGAAAGACAGCUAUUGCUGAGGGACUUGCUCAACGAAUAGCUUCAGGAGAUGUUCCAGAAACAAUUGAGGGUAAAAAGGUUAUUACUUUAGACAUGGGGCUACUUGUUGCAGGUACCAAGUAUCGUGGAGAGUUUGAGGAAAGACUGAAAAAACUUAUGGAUGAAAUCAAACAGAGUGAUGAGAUCAUACUCUUCAUAGAUGAAGUCCAUACUUUAAUUGGAGCAGGUGCAGCAGAAGGGGCAAUUGAUGCAGCCAAUAUCCUAAAACCAGCUCUUGCACGAGGUGAACUACAGUGCAUUGGGGCAACCACCUUGGAUGAAUACAGAAAACACAUUGAAAAAGAUCCCGCUCUAGAGAGAAGAUUUCAACCCGUACAAGUGCCAGAACCGACUGUAGAUGAGACGAUACAGAUAUUGGCAGGACUACGUGAACGAUAUGAACUUCAUCAUAAGCUUCGUUACUCUGAUGAGGCUUUAGAGUGUGCUGCCAAAUUAUCACAUCAAUACAUCAGUGAUCGUUUCCUCCCUGACAAAGCAAUUGAUCUAGUUGAUGAGGCUGGCUCUCGUGUGCAUCUCCGCCAUUCACAGCUUCCUGAAGAAGCAAAAGAACUUGACAAAGAACUGAGGCAGAUUACAAAAGAGAAGAAUGAAGCUGUUCGAGGCCAAGAUUUUGAAAAGGCUGGAGAGCUACGGGAUCGUGAGAUGGAACUGAGGGCACAAAUUGCAGCUGUAACACAGAAAGGGAAAGAGAAAUCAAAGGCAGAGAAUGAAUCAGCGGAUGGAGGCCCAGUUGUAACUGAGGCAGAUAUUCAGCAAAUUGUGUCUGCAUGGACAGGCAUUCCAGUUGAAAAGGUAUCCUCUGAUGAGUCUGACAAACUCUUGAAGAUGGAGGAUACACUUCAUCAACGUGUCAUUGGACAAGAUGAGGCUGUCAAAGCUAUCAGUCGAGCCAUUCGCCGUGCAAGAGUUGGUUUGAAGAACCCUAAUAGGCCAAUUGCAAGUUUCAUUUUCUCAGGACCUACAGGUGUGGGUAAGUCUGAGCUUGCCAAGGCAUUGGCAGCAUACUAUUUUGGUUCUGAGGAGGCAAUGAUAAGGCUGGAUAUGAGUGAAUAUAUGGAAAGACAUACUGUUUCCAAGCUGAUUGGCUCACCACCAGGAUAUGUGGGAUACACCGAGGGAGGCCAACUGACUGAAGCUGUUAGGCGACGCCCUUAUAGUGUAGUCCUCUUUGACGAAAUUGAGAAGGCUCAUCCUGAUGUCUUCAAUAUGAUGCUUCAAAUCCUUGAAGAUGGAAGACUUACAGAUAGCAAAGGUAGGACUGUGGACUUCAAGAAUACCCUUUUGAUCAUGACUUCUAAUGUUGGUAGUAGUGUGAUUGAGAAGGGAGGUCGUAGAUCUGGAUUCCUUUUUCAAUUUGAAGAAGAUGAAGAAGAUAACAGCUACACAAGAAUCAAAAGUCUCGUCUUGGAAGAGCUGAAGUCAUAUUUUCGCCCUGAGUUCUUGAAUCGUCUAGAUGAAACCAUUGUUUUUAGACAGCUCACCAAAUCAGAAGUAAGAGAUAUUGCAGAUAUCAUGUUGAAAGAAGUCUUUGAACGGGUUAAACUCAAAGAAAUUGAUCUUCAAGUAACAGAUCGCUUCAGAGACAGAGUUGUAGAUGAAGGUUAUAGUCCCACCUAUGGUGCAAGAUCACUACGCAGAGCAAUUAUGAGGUUGUUAGAGGAUAGUAUGGCUGAAAAGAUGCUCUCUGGUGAGAUCAAAGAGGGUGAUUCAGCCAUAGUUGAUGUAAAUGAGGAAGGGAAUGUGACUGUAUUAAAUGGAUCUAGAAGCAGUGGCAUUGUAGCUCCAUCAUCCCCAGCAGCAGUUCCAUCAUCCUCAGAAGUAGUUCCAUCCUCACCAGAAGCAGCUCCAUCGUCCCCAGCAGCAGCUGUUUAGGAAAAGAUAUCAUACAUUUGGGAGGCCAAGCAUUGCUGAAAGUUCUUAUAAUAUUAUAUAAAUGACAAAUGUAAUUAGUUCUUCCAUGUUAGAAUUUCUUUUUUCUUUUACUGGAAUUUCAUUGGCUACUUGUUUAGAUGUUACGAUCAACGGGCUGAAAAUUUGAGAGGAUCUGUUUUGUCAGAUUCUGAAGGUAAAUUAUUAAUACUCUUUUAUGUAUUGUAUUACUUCCCCUCGGUUAGACCUGUCCUUGCCCCAGUUAUAUUUGUGAUAGAUAUUUAAGUUUGGUGCAAGGGAAUUGACCCAAAAAGAUGGUGUUUCUUCAAUCUUUACUAGUUUUCUUGAAGGAUGAUAGUAGUUGUAGCCACUCUUAGAUUUUUUUUUCUUAUGAAAAAAGAUCAAAACUAUUUGUAACCUCAUCAUACCAAAUAUUGUCUUAUUGCUGUGGUGAAAUAAUGUCAAUGAGAGGCCUAAAAAAACUAGAGAUAUAUUCUUAUU